UUUUUUUCUUUUUUUGUCGGAGUGAGCACAGGCAGACAGAGUGGCAAACAGAGGCAGAAAGAGAAGCAGGCUUCCUGCUGAGCAAGGAGCCCGGUGCGGGACUUGAUCCCAGGAUGCUGGGAUCAUGACCUGAGCCGAAAGCAAGCCGCCUAACCAACUGAGUCACCCAGGCAUCCCAAUAAAUAAAUCUUUUUUUAAAAAUAUUUUAUUUAUUUAUUUGACAGAGAGAGAUCACAAGUAGACAGAGAGGCAGGCAGAGAGAGAGGAGGAAGCAGGCUCCCCGCUGAGCAGAGAGCCCGAUGUGGGGCUCCAUCCCAGGACACUGAGAUCAUGACCUGAGCCGAAGGCAGCAGCUUAACACACUGAGCCACCCAGGCGCCCUAAAUCUUUUUUUUUUUUUAUAUAAGAAAAGUAUAUCUCAAAUAUUUUAUGGGACACAAUUCUUGGAAACGUCGAUUCCAUGUUUAUCUGUGAUUCUAAUUUAAUUGAGUGUUUAUUAUUGUUAUUUGCUAAAAUUGGCCAGCCUUAUUGGAUGGGGCCCUUCGAAUUUAGGAGGACUGUAGCACUUCUUCUGGGCAUCCACCCUCCAGAAAGGAGGAGAGGAGCCGCAUUACCAGGACAAGAACAAUCACUGUGCAUAUCCACACACAUUUUGGGACCUGUAUCAACGUUCAACCAGAGAAACGAAGAGCGUACAUUUACUUUUUGAGGCACAAUGCCAUCUCUCCAAAGAUCUAAAGGACAAAGAUUCAAACUUUCCUGGCCUUGGCUUGGGUCUUGAGUGUCUCGCCUGCAGCAGCUCACCGUGUGGGGCCCGGACCUGACUUUUGUCACUGUGGAGGCUGCCAGGCGGCAGCGUCCUCUGCCUGUGCGGAUGGCUUUCCAAGGAGCAUCUGCAGUGCUGGGACGCCAUGUGGCCACGGACCCGGGAGCCUCCCUGUCUGCUUUCAUGGCACGGCCCUUCCCCCCACCCACUGCCGGCGCCCCCCACCGGCCACUCUGGGGGCAGCACCCGCCGCCCCUCCUGACCCAGCCAUUCCCUCCUGGUGGCCCCCUGGUGCUGCCAGCUUUCUCCAGGACUCCGCUGGUGGCAGGAGAGGCUGGCCUUGGCCCUAAUGGGACUGGGACCUGCAAUGUCACUGUGCAGGUCAGGUCAGAACAGGGGUGCUCUCUGACCCCCCAGACUCAGACCAUCGUCCUCACUCCAGCCCCCCUCAGCUGGAGUGCUCCAGGGGCCCUCGGUGGGGGUGCUGCGUGUCCCGCACCCAUCUUCGUGACAGCCUCUGCGGUGGAGACCAGCAUGCCUGCCUCGGCCCGUGGGGGCUCCCAGGCCGGCAAGGGAGGCUUGGCCCCAAGCCUUCCACCUCCGGCUCAGCCCCCAGUCGCGCAGCUGACCACCGUCGUGCCCCCAGUCAACGCCUGGCCACAGCCUCACGGAGCUUCCAGGAGCCGGAACACGGCCUCACCCCAGGACUCCUGUAACCCCAAGAGUGUUUACGAGAACUUCAGGCGCUGGCAGCGCUUCAAGUCGCUGGCCCGGAGGCACCUCCCGCACAGCCCCGACGCAGAAGCUCUCUCCUGCUUUCUCAUCCCGGUGCUACGGACCCUGGCGCGCCUGAAGCCCAAGAUGACGCUGGAAGAGGGAGUGCGGCGGGCCGUGCAGGAGUGGCAGAGCAAAAGCAACUUUGACCGCUUGAUCUACUACGAGAUGGCGGGAAAGUUCAUGGAAUUCGAGAUGGAGGAGGAGAUGCAGAUGCGGAAGUUACAGUGGGUGAAGGUGGCCCAGGGCCUGCCUCCCCCAGCGCCCCCGAAGCCUGAACGGCGGGGGACCCCAGCCGCGGAAGCGGGCCCGCAGCCAGCGUGCGUUCCCAGGAAGGCGGGUUCCAGGGCCCAGCCCUCCCGCCUGCAGCCACACCGACCCCCGCGGCGCCGGCAGACCAAGGCGCCCAAGGAGAUCCCUGCAGAGGCUGUGAGAGAGUACGUGGACAUCAUGGAGGGGCUGCUGGGGCCUGGCCGCUCAGCCCCGGGGGGCCCGGCAGGUGAAUGGGGAGAGGACGGAAAGGAGCCACAGCAGGACGAGGCCGCGACCUCCCCGGACCCGGGUCUCCUGAGCUACAUUGACGAGCUGUGUUCCCAGGAAGACUUCAUCACCAAGGUGGAGGCAGUCAUCCACCCCAGCUUCCUGGCGGAAUUGCUGUCCUCGGAACCACAGCUGGACCUCCUGGCCCUGGCUGAGAAACUGGAGCAGGAGGAAGGGCUCAGCCCCGCAGAGCUGGUGGAGAAAAGACUGGCGGCCUUGAAUACGGAGGAGGGUGUGCAGGCACCGCCACGUCUCUGCGCGGCCCGGUCGGGCCCCAGUGCUGAGCACGAGACCGGUCCCGGGAUGGGGCUGGGGGUCAGCGACAAAGCCUGCCCAGCAGACACCGACGGCCAAGACCUUCAGAGGCAUGGCCGAGCACAGAAACAAUUGUCGGGGCCCGGAGCCUUUGCUCUCUGUCCCGGACGACAGGAGGCCCCUGCACCCAGGGCCCGACGGGUCCCCGCCCCUCCGGAGGGGCAAAGGUGUGCCGCCCCUGGACCGGGCCCCAGAGAUGCCCCGCUUCUCAGAGAGGCCCCUCCUGCUAGGGACACUCGAGGGCUGGUGGAUGGGUCCAGUGAGGACGAGGAGGAGCUCCCCAGCCUGGCCUUCCUCCUGGCCUCUCAGCACAGGCUGCUGCCCUGGAGGCUCUCCCAGAGUCCCGCUCCUGCCUCAGUCAUCCCCAGCCCUGGCGGUUGGGGGCCGCAGGGGGCUCCACGGGCCCCCUCUCCUCAGAGAAUAGGCCUCGGUCCGGCCACCGCCCCAGCUACAAAGUCCAGGAAGCGGGCUCUGUGUGAGGGUCCUGCCUCUGUGGCAAAGAUGCCCCUGCCUGGGGCCAACCUCAGGGUGUCUGGGAGGCCGGCCUUGGCUGUGGGGCUGGUUCACCCCUCACAGCCUGCAAAGAGAAGGCGUGACUCCUUGGUCACAGGGAGGAGAAGGAAGCGUCACUGCAGCCAGUAGGGAGAAGUGGGCCUGCGCUCCAGGGCCGGCACACCCCGGGGCCCCCCAAGGAGCCUAGGGGGUCCUUCUCAACCUGGUGCUGAUCCUGGCUGUGGGAGGGAGGGGGGGGAGGGA